AUGAACACUCUCGUCCUCUCUGCACUGGCUGCUUCAGCUUGCAUUACCUUAGCCAGCGACAACUGGGGCUAUGGCUUCGGCGACUUCGGUCACGGUGAUCACGGUCAUGACCAUGACCACUCAUACGACAAAGGCUAUACUAAAGGAUUUGAUCAUAAAGGCUUCGGUGAAUACGGUAGUCACAAGUAUGGUGGAUGGGGCAGCUACGCCAAGGGAGAAGAGCAUGGAUCCCGUUACGGUAGUGAUCUGAAUACGACAACCAUCACGGCCACGGAGGACAUGGCGAUGAAUAUCACGGCCGCGGUUUCGACUAUGGUCACGGCCCAACCCACCAUGAUGGGCAUGGCGACCACUUCUUUGGACACGGCUCGCCGUUUGGACAUCAUGGAGGCUUCGGACAUUACUAACUACUUGAAUCAGUCUCACAAGCGUGCUCCUUGA